AUGGCACUAGCACGUAUUAAUACAAAAUAUUAUCUCUUCCGUCUAACAUCUUUUCUACGACCGAAAAAUGUCUGUUUAUACACGACCUUUAGUAGGCCAGGUCCAGUACCGCUAGGCAAUCCUGAAGAACAAAAGGAAUUCGAAGAGCUUGUACGCAAAAAAAAUCAAGGCUCUCUUUCUACCAAUGAAGAAUUGCAAGUUCACCCCGACUUAAGAGACAAACCUCCUUCUCAGUUUGAAGGGGAUAAAAAUCCUUUAACAGGAGAAAUUGGUGGCCCUAAGCAGGAUCCCUUAAGGCAUGGAGAUUGGAGUUAUGGAUCCAGA